CCGACCCAUUACUUCGAAGCUUCACCCGAUUCGAGCAAUAUAUAUACACUACGAAGGGUGAAGUGCUCGGAGUACAAUUUCAAGAAAAGUGUGCAUUUUCAUUUCAAUUCCAGUGCUGAUAGCUAAUCGAAUCGAAUCGAAUCGGAGCUCGCAGCUGAAGAUGGCAGAGCACGAGGAGCAACCGAGUCAACCCAAAGAAUCCUUGUUAGCUAAGAUCUCUGAGAAGAUUCGCAGCGGUGACAGUUCGUCAUCCGAUUCCGAAUCUGAUAAAGAGCAUGUGAAAGAUCAUGUGAAAGAUCAUGCGUCACGUUCUUCUGCAAAGGCUAAGAUUUGGCGUCUUUUCGGCCGAGAGAAGCCCGUUCACCAUGUAUUUGGCGGAGGAAAACCUGCUGAUGUGUUUUUGUGGAGGAACAAGAAGAUAUCCGCAGCAGGCCUUGGUGGAGCUACUGCUAUCUGGGUUCUGUUUGAACUGCUAGAGUACCACCUUUUAGCACUGGUCUGCCAUGUUUUGAUUGGUUCUCUUGCAAUCUCGUUCUUGUGGUCCAAUGCAUCGUCAUUCAUUAACAAGUCUCCUCCACGCAUUCCAGAAGUCCACAUUCCAAAGGAUCCCUUCAUUGAGGUUGCUGAUGCUGUGACCGUUGGAAUCAACCAUGGUUUGGCUUUACUACGAGAUAUUGCAUCCGGAAGAGAUCUAAAGACAUUUCUUGUUGUAAUUGCUGGGCUAUGGAUCCUCUCAAUUGUUGGCAGUUGGUGCAAUUUUCUGACAUUGUUCUACAUAAUAUUUGUACUGCUGCAUACUGUCCCAGUCAUAUAUGAGAAGUAUGAAGAUGAAAUUGAUUCACUCGCUGAGAAGGCAAUGAAGGAAUUGAAGAAGCAAUAUGCUGUUUUUGAUGAGAAAGUGUUGAGUAAAAUUCCUAGAGGGCCAUCGAAGGAGAAGAAGAAAGCAUGAGCUUGUGGCUCGACAGAGAAGAUAUCCUGGAUGAUUAUGGUUUCUUAUGGCCUUUUUUUCCAGCUUCUGAUGUACUUCUGUAAUGAUUCCAUGACUUGGUUAUGUGUUCUUUGUUAUAUGGAAGCAACUGGGAGAUUGCUGGAUUAGCCUAUAGCUAUUCUACUAGCGCAGUAACAGUGCUUAUAAAAAAGAGUUUUGUGUUUGUUUUGCUGAAUAUGCGUAAUUUGAAAGGUUUUGUGUGGAUGGUAAUUUUUAGGCUUUGUUUAUACGGCCAUUCAGGCCACAUUUUGAACUGAAAUUCAAUCAAAUCUAUAUAUAUAUAUAUAUAUAUAUAUGUAUGUAUGUAUAGUAAAAGGAAUAAAGGUCAGAUAGGGUCUCGAAUUUGGGAAAAAAUGUCAAAUAAGGCCAUAUUUAGGAUGUUUUGUCCGGUCGAUGUUAUUUGGGACGGUUCCCGGUCGAUUAUUUUGAUGAAUUUUUUUUGAGAAUCUUAUUUGUUAAGUCUAGUUUACUCAUAUCAAAUUUGAACUAAAAUUUCAAUCGAGAAUGCAUUGAAAUAAAUUUUUGAAGAUAAUUGCUCUUUUAACCGCGCAAUUGUAUACCUUCGUGAUUGAAGUUUUAGUUCAAAUUUGAUAUGAGUUAACUAGAUUUAAUGAAUAAGAUUCUCAAAAAAUUUCAUCAAAAAAUUCCACCAGGAAUCACCCCAAAUGGCGUCGGGCCGUCGGCCGGAUAGAGCAUCCUAAAUAUGGCCUUAUUUGACAUUUUUUUUCAAGUUUGAGACCCUAUCUUUCCCUUAUCCUCCAUAGUAAAAUAGAAAAGUCUCAAGGAGGGAGGCCAAAGGGGUAUGGACUGUGUGGAGGAUUGCAUUUCAAAUGUGCAG